AAGAGAGUGAGAAGAGAGAGAGCUCUGAAGUUUUCUGUGGUGUGUGUGUGUGUGUGUGAGUGAGAGAGAGUGUGUGUGAGGAGAGAGAGAGAGAGAGAGAGCAGAAAUGGCGGCGCGCGCUUCCCCCGCCACGUCUCUCUCUCGGUGGAGGAUGUGCGGGACUGCGGCGGUGCGCGUGCGGCUCGUGUGCGCGGUGCUGUGCGUGAUGUGCGUGCUGUGCAGCGGCGGGGUUCGGGCCGGUCUGUACUCGGAAUCGGAUCAGGUCGCCAUCUUGAGUCCUGACAAUGUGGAUGCGGUUCUGUUUAACUCCCCUUCCGCAGCGCUGCUCGAGUUUUACGCCAGCUGGUGCGGCCACUGCGUCGCCUUCUCACCCGUGUGGAAGAAACUGGCCCUGGACAUUAAAGAGUGGAAGUUGGCGGUGUAUUUGGCAGCGAUCGAUUGUGCCGAUGAGUCGAACAGAGCAGUGUGUGUGAGAUUCGGCAUCACAGGAUAUCCGUCUCUGAGGUUUUUGCCAGCGUUCUCCAGUAACGAUUCUACAGGUGAAGAUCUCAGAGGCUUCUCCCGUGAUGUCGCAGGCCUCCGUCACCUCAUUAUUGAUAAACUGGAGUCUCAUAAACACCCCGGACCACCGGCGUGUCCCCCACUGGAGAAAACCAGUGCUCGAGAGAUCGACAGUUAUGUGGAGAACAGCAGAGGGCAGAACCUGGCGCUGGUGUUCGAGGAGGACGACUCCUACGUGGGCCGAGAGGUGAUCCUGGACCUGCUGCAGUAUGAGAACAUCACGGUGCGGCGUGUGUUACGCUCGGAGGAGGAGCUCAUGUCUCGACUCAGUGUGACGGAUUUCCCUUCUGUUUACCUGUACAAAACACACACCAACUUUACCAGACUGCCAGUGCUGAAAGAAGCUCGUGCGUUUUACUCGUACGCCCUCCAGAGGUUACCCGGUGUGGUGCGAGAGGGAAAACCUCGUCCUGAAGUGAGCGACUUCAUCAGGAACGAGACGGAGGAGCAGUGGAGGCCGUUCAACAAGACACGUGUGUACAUGUCUGAUCUGGAAUCUGCUCUGCAUUACUCUCUCCGAGUGGAAUUAGCGUCUCAUUUGGUCAUUAGCGGAGAAGCUCUGAUCGCUCUCAGAGGCUACGUCUCUGUACUGGACAAGUAUUUCCCAGGCAGGCCUCCUGUGAAAAAUGCUUUAAAGGCGGUGAAUGAUUGGCUGCAGAAGCAGAAGGUAACAUCGAUCAACUACAGCGACUUCAGAGAAGCUCUGGACACCACGAGCGCUGACUCAUAUCUUCCUAAAGCUGUGAGGUGGAUGGGGUGUCAGGGUUCGAAGCAGCACUAUCGAGGUUAUCCCUGCGCAAUGUGGACGCUCUUCCACACACUGACUGUCCAGGCCCUAGAAACAGAAAGUAAAGACCCGCAGGAGGUGCUACAGGCGAUGAGGCGGUACGUCAGUAGUUUUUUCGGCUGUCGUCCGUGUGCAGUUCAUUUUAAGAACAUGGCUCAGGAGAGUAUGGAUAAUGUGAACUCGCUAAGGGCUGCAGUCCUCUGGCUCUGGUCUCGCCACAACCGAGUCAACGCCCGCCUCGCAGGUGAACUGAGCGAGGAUCCUCACUUCCCCAAAGUCCAGUGGCCUCCUCCGGACCUCUGCCCGGCCUGUCACAGCCUGAAGCCCGGCGGAGAGCACACCUGGCUGCAGGACGAGGUGUUAGCCUUCCUCAGGAAUUAUUACUCCGCCCAGCACCUCUUACACGACUUCCUGUCUGACGACAUCGCACCACCGCUGACGGAGAGACGCAAAGCCAGGGAGGCGGUGCCAGUGCAGGAACAGGAAGCAGGAGGGGAAGUGGAGGAAGAGGAGAUGGUUGAGGAAGUAGACGGAGCCCCUCAGGAUGAAAAAUCGGCGUCGGAGGCGCUCCCGCGUAAGCCGAGCAUCGUCGGGCUCAGGCUCCGUCAGUUCAGAGAGGACAUCGUGGACCUGGACUCCUUCAUCGUCCAGCACUACAAAGCUAAAGCGCCGCUGAAGAGGCAGGACACGGAGGAUGAACAACACGUGAGGAGGACCAAACGUGAUCUCGCUGCGCAGGAGGUGGAAGGGUUGGCGCUGGAGAUGGAGGCGGAGCCUGAGCCGUACGGUCAUUCUCGGAGUACGCGCUGGAUGUUCGUGCUCAGUGUCGGGUUCUCACGGCUGGACGUGAGUCUGUGUGUGACGCUCUACCUGCUCUCCACGCUCUGCAUCGUCGCCAUGUGCCUGUACUUCAGAGUGAAACGGCGCCAACGCAGGACAAAAGUGGCACUGCCGUAACCGAUACGAACCACAGAACGGACCAGUGACACGCUCAGAUAAAAUAAAUCACAUAAAAACUGGAUGAAAAGAAUAAUCAGCACACAUGCUGUAAUUUCACCGCCAUGUUGAUUCGUCAAUUAACCUUUUAGCUAGGCACGGGGGCGGAGUUUCCUAGCAUAGCAUUACUGAGCCAACACCUGCUGCUAGUUAGCACAGAACGCCAUAAAGUCAGCCACCGAGGUGCUCGACAGCUUUAUCUCUUUUUGUCAUGAUCACCAAAAUCAAGGAAUCUCUGGAAGUCCUCAUAAAAAUUACACUUAUGAUGUAGGAUUGUGCGAUAUUAUUUUUUUCCUGUGUGCGAUUUACCAUUUUUUUAAAAAAAAUCAUGAUAAAACAUAAAUAUUCCAUAGCCUUACGUAUGUCGAUUGGCUGACAUACUGGUUUUUGCUCUUUUGGUGUAUUUUUGAGUGAUAAUGUGUACUAGCGCACUCCAAAGAUAAAAUGCGUAAAAUGUUUCUACACAAAAAAACGCAUAAACAUGGUCUGGUAAUAUAAUUGGAGUAAACGUCACUAGAUAUCGUGGCAGUGUAAUAUCGUUCAGGGACGAUAAUAUUGUUGUAUCGCACAAGCCUAUUAUGAUAUUUAACAGUUGUUUUAUUUUUAUGUACAGUGUAAACAACGUAAAAUUUCAACGGUACAUUUUACGUACGCUGUAAAUGUUGCUAAUGUAAUAAUAUUGUAUCGUAGAGCUACAACAGCUCGGGUUUUCCGUGUCUAGCUACCAAAAUAUAUGUGACAUAAGAAAAAAAAAACAAAACAAAGGAUAUUAGCAGAUAACGUUGAAUAAAAAACGUAAAUCAGAGAUAUUCUGCCAGAGUGGCCGACUUUUCAGCGUUCUGUGCUCGCUGACGUUCAUGUAAAUGACAGAAAGAUGUAAAUUGUAAAUGAAGGAAUAUGAAUAUCACCGCAGCAAGAUUUCCGAGUCCUUACUGGCGUCUCGGAUCAUUUCUGCUGAAGUUGCUCCUGCUUGCUUGGACGUGAUCGACCGAAUCAAAAGCACUGACGCUUCUAAUCAUCCAGCUAUUUUAUUUCUCACCUCAGCCCAAGCAGCAGCGUCGGCUUGAGUGGUGUAAACCGUGUGGCCUAACAGGAUUUCACAGAAUCAUACAAUAAAUAAUAAAUACUUGAAUGUUGUGGGGGUGUGGUGUUCACGGCGGUGGGCGGAGUUAGCGCUUGUAGCUAUAAUUUCAACCAAAAUCCAGUGAAUAUACUGUAGAAUUACUGCUGUGACGAUAUAUCAGUGUAUAUCACAUUGUAUCAUGAUACACAAAUCACAAAUAAAAUCGAUUUCAUUCUGAA